UAAUUGUCAUAUGUCGCAUUGGAAUUGAAAGUACAUGUACGGUGUUUCUCGCUUAUCGUUAUUUUGCGAAUCUAAAAGCAAUGGAAUUUUAUAAAACUUUUAAUAUAAUUUUUAAAUCAAAAAUGCAGCUAAUCUUUCUACUCGUUUCCGUAUAUUUGAUGCAAAUAUCAAGUGCCUCUAAAGCCGAGUUUGUUACGUGUGGCACCAUUUUAAAAUUAGUAAACACGGACUUGAAGUUGCGGCUUCAUUCUCACGACGUCAAAUACGGUUCAGGAUCAGGGCAGCAGUCGGUGACUGCAGUCGAUGUGUCGGAUGACAAUAAUAGCCACUGGCUAGUUAAGCCUACCAUGGGGGAGACUUGUAAACGAGGAGCUCCAAUAAAGUGCAAUACAAACAUUCGUCUCCAGCACAUUUCUACUAAGAAAAAUCUACAUUCUCACUACUUCUCUUCACCACUGUCUGGUAAUCAAGAAGUGUCAUGCUACGGUGAUGAUGAUGGUGAAGGAGACUCUGGAGACAAUUGGACUGUUGUGUGCAACAAUGACUACUGGAGGAGAGACACACCUGUUAAACUAAAACAUGUUGAUACAGCAGCAUAUCUAGCUGGAUCUGGGCGAACAUUCGGUCGACCAAUAAGUGGUCAGGGAGAAAUCGUUGGUGUCAGUUCACAAUAUGGCACCUACACAGACUGGCAGGCUAAAGAGGGACUAUUUAUUCACCCUGGUGAUUUAUUACCUCACCAGAAUGCUGUACAUACAGAGUUAUAAACUUGUUUUAGUGUAUUUUUAUUUAAGUUUGACACUAACGUGUAAUUGCAGUUUUGACAGUGCAUAGACAAUUUGUGGUUUUAUUUAUGUUAUCUCUACCCAUGGAGAUAGUUCCUAAUUGUGAUUAGCCUUUGUUUUGUACUUUCCAUUUGCUUAACGCUUACAGCAAAAUUUUCAAAAUCACAAUACAAUGACAAAUGUGCACAAACUUAAACAUAUCCUAUAGGAUUCUCAGCGAGGAAGUUGUAAGAUAAGAAAGUUUUGUUUUUAUAUUAUACCAACUAUUGAAAAUUUAUAUUUAAAUAAAGUAUCUUGUUUU